AUGAAAUUCUCCUUACAGAAACUACUUGCACUCGGCUCAAUAGGUUUAUAUAGCGCUUUGGUGGCUGCAGAUGCACAAAAGCAAAAACCUUUUCAGAAUCACAAUGCACUUGAUGUCAAGUCUCUUCUAAAGCAGCAUGAUAAGCCGAACAUGUUGGAAGCGCACGAAAAGCAUUUUCAAGGAAAUACGUUAGCGUAUGUCACUCCAUGGAAUAACAGAGGCUAUGAUAUUGUGAAGGAAUUCAAGGGCAAAUUUGACUAUGUUUCUCCUGUAUGGUACUACAUUCAACGCAGAUCAUCUUUGGAGUUUGAUAUCGAUGGCGAGCAUGAUGUGGAUCAGGGUUGGAUGAAAGAGGUCAGGGAUGAGACUACGGGUAAAGGCAAGAUUUUGCCUCGGUUCCAGUUUCGUGGAUGGACUGGGGAUGAUUUGAAAUUGUUUGUAUCCAACAAAGCAGAGUCUCAGGCAUUGGCAGAUAAACUGAUGGAUCAAGUCAGUAAACACAAUUUUGAUGGUGUUGUUAUCGAGUGUGGAUUCCCCGCUUUCUUUCAAAUAUUUCUCAAUCAAUUAUCAACGCAGCUGCACAGAAACGAUCGCCAAUUGAUAGUUGUUUUGCCCGCCAUCAUGACUGAAGAGCACAGAAAAUACAUGACUCCAGAUAUAUUCAAAGCUAUGGCACAAUACGUGGAUCAAUUCAGUUUAAUGACAUACGAUUUUUCCAGCCACGAUCCAAACGGUGGCCCCUCAUCGCCUAUUGAAUGGAUCAUGGACAACAUUGAAUAUCUUGCACCAGAACCAGAGGAACGCAGUAAAUUAUUGAUAGGAUUCAACAUGUAUGCCAUGUCGUAUUUGCAAACGCGAGCCCCUGAGCCUCUGGUGAUGAAAACUAUAGUUGAAAAGUUACGAGAUCAGCCUAAGGAAAGGAUGUUGGAUGAUGAGCUGUUUGAUGAUGAUAUACCAGAUGACGAUAGUUCAACAGAGGUCUUAAAUUGGGAUUCAACAAGCCAGGAAGCUUGGUUUGUGGAUAUUGAUGAAGAUGGCAUUAGACAAGGCAUUGUUUGGUUACCUACAUUGAGGGCAAGUUUGACCUAG